AUGAACAGAAAAGAGAAAGAAGCGAGAAAGCUGCUACAUGCUGGAAACUUCAAAGAUGCCGUCGAUAAAUUAAACGAAGCAGGGCAGGAGUUGCAUAGAGCAGGGGAUUCGGAUAAAGCGAUCGAAGUGUUAGAAGAAGGAUCAAAAAUCGCCUUGCAAUACGGAAAACUACAAUACGAAAGGAGCUUUUGCGAACGAACUCUCUCUGAAAUUCACGCAGAUCUCGGAAAUAAAGAGCAAUGUCUCCGACACAUUCAGAAAUUCCGGACACUAUCAAAAGAAUGCGAAAACAAGUCACAAGAACAGUUAUCGUAUCAUGUGGAGGCGUGGUGUCUGCAACAACUGUUUUUGAACGGAAAAGCUGAGAGAACAGAUUUGGAAGAAGCGAUUAAGAAGACAAAGGAGUCGAGAAACUUUGUGCAAAAAUAUGGGAAGACGUUCAAACCAGAUGAGGUCGGAGGACCGCCGCAUAAGAGAAUGGCUGACUUGUACACUUUGGAAGCUCAGCUACAACACCAACUGGGUAACACCAAGGAAGCGAUGAAUCUAUUGGCAAAGACUCAGCAAUAUUUGAAGUCAAAUGAUAAAUCCACUAAAUUCGAAAUGCUUCGAACCAAAUGUAGCGUUGCUCCAGUGUCGCAGCGAAUCGAUAUAGCUGAAUUAAUGGAUGAUGACGCUCCAGAAGAAAAAAAAGCGCAGGCUUUGACAGAGCUGUCUCAUCAAUAUGUUCUUGGUAAAAUGCUGGAACGUGGAUAUAAAGCACUGGCCCACGCGCUCAUUAUGCAUCAAAAGCAGUUCGGACGGGAUGACUUGCAGGACUCAGUCAAACGAUUAUGUAUUUUAUACCGUCUGGUAAAAUACUCUGAAAUUCUCAAAAGCAACAAAAAAAGCAAACAAUAUUCUUUGUGUCAACUCCACGAAGCGAUUGGAGAUCUCUACGAUAAGUAUUAUCAGACAUUGCUGGAGACCGAGAAGAAAGAGUAUCGACAGUUUCUGAAGGAGAAUAUACUGCAAAAUUAUGAGAAAAUGCUGGAAUUCAAAAGAAAUGAUGAAGAUGUUCUUCGUGCAAAUCUUGCAAUCGCGUUGGUCUAUUGGGAUCUUGAGGAGUAUUCGAAAUCGAGAAAGAUUUUUGAGCAACGAUUGGAACUAUUGGAAAAUAUCGGCGCCUCGGAGGAUAAGACAAAAAUCAACUUUCCUGGACUCGAACGAGAAUUCGAUGUACUCAAAAAUGCAGUCGAACCAUUGAACAACACUAAACGAGAGCUCUACGAAGUCUGGGCGCACUACUGGUCAGAUAAGAAUGACGAAGAACGAGCUACGAUUUGGAGGGAUGCUGCAGAAGCAGUUCCAGAAGUGUUGAUCAGAAACCAGGAUGAUGAAACGGAUUUCUUGUUUUUUGAAUAUUCGGAUGAUGACAUUUUGGAGAAAUGUAGAGAUGAGAAUGAGCUGUUGAAAUUGGAUAGGCUGACGGAUUAUCAAUUGACGAAAACUAAUAGUAAAGGAGAGACUUUGCUGCAUCUGGCAGCUAUGAAGUCGGAUAAUCAUAGAGUUGUGGAAAAGUUGUGUUCAUUGGGGUCCAAAGUGGACGCGAAAGACAACGGUGGAUGGACACCUCUCAUGGAAGCUGUUGCUAACAAUCAAUGUGGAAAUGUGAAGGUUUUGAUUCGGUUUGGAGCUGAUGUGAAUGCGAAAAGUAUUCAAUCAUUCGAAUGUGACUCACCGGAAGAAAUUAACCAUGGAAACUUGACACCUUUGAUGGAUGCGUGUACGAAUGGAUACAUUGAAAUCGCCCAGAUAUUGAUUGAUAAUAAAGCGAGAGUUGAUUUGAGAGAUAAAUCUGGUUGGACGGCCUAUCACCAUUUAAAACAACACAUUGAAGACAAGGAAGUUACUGACGAAGAGACGCUGAAAUUCGCGGAGUAUCUUAGAACUGCCACACAGAAUUAUGGUCCACUUGUGGAUAUUCCUGUUUGCAAUAUCAAAACGUCAUCAAAUCGGUUGAAUCAGGAAUCCGAUGACUCGCCUCCAGAUGAUGUCGAAGAUGGAAUUAUUCUUGGAAUGGCUGCUUCGAGAAAACGAAAAUUUUUGAGUGAAUACGAAAAUUCCAGAAAUUUGAAUAAACGAAAGCAGCGGAGUGGAGAGAAUAUGAGAAUGUCACCUCCAUUUGUCCACAUCCCCCAGAAACGUAACAUCCAGCCAUCUUCAUCAUAUGUUCAACCAAGAAAAAUCUAUCGACAGACCUCAUCGUCUUCCCUCACUUCAAAUCCACGAUAUUCGAUGUCUCCCAGAAGAUCUAUGUCCCCAUCAGGAACUAUUCGUUCCGCCCCCUCCGUCUAUGCAGGAGACGAUGAUAUUCAAGUUGUAGGAGUCAGAAGAUCCUUUGAUAGACCCCAGGUCCAGAUCGCUCCAAAACUGCCGUCACCUGCAGUUGUUCAUCAACGUUUUGUUCCAUCUCCGAGGCAGCAAUUUGAUCUGAAUUCGUCAGAAAUUGUUGUCAAAUGUUGCUUUCAACUGCCGGCUGGAAGUGGUGAUGAGAUUCGGCCAGAGAAGUUGCCCAUGAAACGAACAAUGUCGAUCUCUGAAGUCAAAACUACAGUAAUCUCAAGAAUCCCCGCCAUCUCUCAAUUCAAGAUAAAGGCAGUCUGGAAUAAAGAUGACGAAGACAAAUGUGGAGUCGAUGAGCUCACUUUGACUCAAGUCGCCGACAAGCCGAAUCAACGUGAAGUGGCUCUUGUAUUCGAUUUGGGCGCCCCGUCGGCUCACGAGAUUUAUCAGGAAAUUUCGAAAAUUUGUGGUUACUGUAACCACAGUAGCCUCAUUGUUGUGAUUACAGUAUCAGAACUCUAA